AUCUUGUGACUUUGUGAUCACCAGGUGGACCGGGACCCGGGACCAGGUGGACCGGGACCCGGGGCCCGCAAGCCCCACGCCGCCACUAACAGGAGGCGAAGAAAAGUUUUUUUUUUUCCGCCUUCCGGAGGGUGGUGAAUGUACCCAUGGGCGGGUUUAGGGGAAAGAGGGACAGCCAGAAGAUCAUUAUUUGAGCGGAGGGAGGAGAAAAGAAAACGCAGAAGUUAAUUCUAAAAGUGUUUAAAGGAUCAAUCUAUCGGAAAAUACCUGAACCGGGAGUCCAAGGGGGCGGCCCAAGACAGAAGCUGGGGCGCUGAUGAUACCAACACGGGUUACAGGAAAGUAUGACCUAGAUCAGAACUAUGGUGCCAAGUCUCCUUGGCUGAUUCUCCACAUCUCUCUAGGUUUCCCGUCGCUGCCUCUCCGGGUGACUCCUCUUGGAUGCUUAUGGAGCCAGUUGCGUCUCUGUAUUUUUCCCUGCCAGGCUUCCUUCUCUUCUUCCACCUCCUCAGCUCCUUUGCACCGGUCUCAGUCCAGUUUACUGUCCUGGGACCAGCUGAUCCAAUCCUGACCAUGGUGGGAGAAGACGCCACGUUACGCUGCCACCUGUCACCUGAGAAAAACGCCGAGGACAUGGAGGUGCGGUGGUUCCGGACACAGUUUUCCCCUGCGGUGUUCGUGUACAAGGGCAGGCGGGAGAGAACAGAGGAGCAGAUGGAGGAAUACCGGGGAAGAACAACUUUUGUGAGCGAAGCUAUCAGCAAGGGGAGCGUGGGGCUGAUCAUACACAACGUCACCGCCCACGAAAAUGGGAUCUACCGCUGUUAUUUCCAAGAAGGCAGAUCUUACGACGAGGCCAUCGUGCUCCUGACAGUGGCAGGCCUGGGCUCGAAACCUGUUAUUGAAAUGAAGGGCCACGAGGAUGGAGGCAUCCGGCUGGAAUGUACAUCUGCAGGGUGGUACCCAAAGCCCCGUGCUGUGUGGAGGGACCCUCAUGGUGAGACCAUGCCCCCCCUGGAAGAGGCUUACACUGUGAGUGCAGAUGGGCUCUUCCUGGUCACCAUGGCUGUGAUCAUCAGGGACCAUUCGGUGAGGAACAUGUCCUGCUCUGUCAACAACACCCUGCUCAACCAGGAGAAGGAAACUGUGAUUUUCAUUCCAGAAUCCUUUAUUCCCAGAACAUCUCCCUGGAUGGUGGCCCUGGCUGUCAUCCUGCCCUCUCUGCUUCUCCUCAUUGCUGGGAGCAUCUAUCUCAUCAAGAAACUCCAGCUGGAAAAAAAGAUUCUGUCCAUGCAAAAAGAGGCUGAAAAUGAAGAGAAAGAAAUUGCACGUAAGGAACUGAAGAAAGAACGUGAGGAAAAAGAGAAAGAACUCCAAACAAAAGAGCAACUUCAAGAAGAAUUGCGAUGGAGAAGAAGCCUCUUACAUGCGGCUGAUGUGGUCCUGGACCCAGACACCUCUCAUCCCGAGCUCUUCCUGUCAGAGGACCGGAGAAGUGUGAGAAGGGGCCCUUCCAGGCAGAGCGUGCCUGACAACCCGGAGAGAUUCGACUGUCGGCCUUGUGUCCUGGGCCUGGAGAGCUACUCCUCAGGGAGACAUUACUGGGAGGUAGAAGUCAAAAACGUGAUGGUGUGGGCUGUGGGGGUUUGUAGAGACAAUGUUGAGAGGAAAGGGGAGGCCCUCCUGGUUCCUCAGAAUGGCUUCUGGACCCUGGAGAUGUUUGAGAACCAAUACCGCGCCCUCUCCUCUCCAGAGAAGAUUCUCCCCCUGAAAGGGCACCUUCACCGGGUGGGCGUCUUCCUGGACUACGAAGCUGGAGAUGUGUCCUUCUAUAACAUGAUGGACAGGUCACACAUCUACACAUGUCCACGUUCACCCUUCUCUGGGCCCCUGAGGCCCUUCUUCAGGCUGGGUUCCGAUGACAGCGCCCUCUUUAUCUGUCCAUCGUUUAGAGGGGCCCAAGGGGUCACAGUGCCUGAGGGGGGCCUGGUCCUUCACAGGGCAAAGACCCACCACAACCGCCAGUUCCCUGGUCUCACAGCCAGGUAGGGAAACUCAGGCCACCUCUACGACAGCACCGCCUGGAGGAAUACCACCCUCCUUCCUUCUGGUCACAGGAGAAUCUCCCCCGGGGUUCCCCUAGACAUGUCUUCAAGCCCCAGAGCAUGUGUCUCCCUCAUUAGGCUAUUGCUUUAGUAGCUUGUUGCAUGUAACCAUGGGGCAGGGGCCAGUCUCAGGCUCACUAAGUACUGCCACAUGGCUCCCAACCAACAAGUAAGUGUGAGAAAGUGACAGCAGAGAACCAGCUGCUUUAACACUGGAUGACGCAUUCAGCCCGAGACUGGAAUUGACAUCAGGUAUUGCGGAUCUGGGGAUUCCCUAAUAGCUCAGUUGGUAAAGAAUCCACCCGCAAUGAGGGAGACCUGGGUUUGAUCCUGGGGUUGGGAAAAUCCCCUGGAGAAGGGAAAGGCUACCCACUGCAGUAUUCUUGGACUUCCCUUAUGGCUCAGCCGGUAAAGAAUCCACCCGCAAUGCGGGAGAUCUGGGUUUGAUCCUGGGGUUGGGAAAAUCCCCUGGAGAAGGGAAAGGCUACCCACUCCAGUAUUCUGGCCUGGAGAAUUCCAUGGACUGUAAAGUCCAUGGGGUCACAAAGAGUCAGACACGACUGAGCGACUUGCACUUGCACUUUCACUGUGGAUCUGGGGCAAGGACAACGGGACAUACUGGAUGUAAGAAGGGCAGGGAGCCAGGAAUGGAGGUCAGAGAUGGAGGAAGUAAGACAGAAGGUCCACCCCCAGGAUUUCCAGAGCACACAGUAAAGCUCCACAGGCCUAGAUUCAGGAUGAUCUAGGAUGAAGGAGGAUGAAGGACAAGAAUGCAUCUGGGCCUGGCCUGGCCUGGCCUGGCUCAGGUGUCCCUACAAUAAACAAGGAGUCAGUACUUUGUUAUUGGGUGUGGCCUAAGGUUUAAGGUCCCAGAUGAGCAGAUAAGCGUUGGACCAAGUGGGUCUCAAAGUUCAGGUUCAGUGAGGAGAGCAGUGCUUUCCAGCUUUUUGGCCUCAGGAUGCAUUUAGACACAUAAAAAAUUAUUGAGGACAGAAAAGUGCUUUUGCUCAUUUGGGUUAUAUCUAUCAGUAUAUGUGGCAUUAAAGAUUAAACUGAGAACUUUUUAAAUGUAUUUAUUAACAUAUUAAAAAAAGGAUCAAGUCAAUUAUAGGUUAAAAAGAAAAACAUGUUUCAGGAAUGAUCACUAUAUGUUGUUUCCAAUGUAAAAUAAAGUUUAUUGAGAAGUGUGGUAUUUUUUUAUGUUUUUGCAAGUCUAAUGUCUGGCUCCUAGAAGGUAGCUAGAUCCUCAUCAUCUGCCUCUGUAUUCAAUGCUGGAAUCUCAGGUCAUGGAGGCUCUAGAAAGCAUUAUCUACACUAGUGAGAGAAUGAGAGGAAAAAUGAUAAAUAAUAGCUUAGUAUUAUUAUUAUGGAGCAGUAUUAACUUUGUAGACUCAAAAUGUAACAGAGAUUGCCCCCCCAAAAAUCUGUAAAACAUCCUUUGAGAACCAGGAUAGAGGAUCCUGGAAUUGAGUCAGGCAUUUAAAAUUAUGACAUAAAUGGGAGUAUUUUGGACUUUAUGUAAUUUAGUCAUCCAAUUGUAAAACCUGGCUGAAAAAUUUAAAAGAUUCUUAAAAAGUUCAAAAUUGUAUUACUGCAGUUCCUAUAGUAAACAAGGCGUCACGAUGGACACGUUCUAGAAAAAAAUCUGGAACAUUGAACUUGGUGAUUUGUUGAGAUGGAAAACUGGUUUAUUAAUGUGCGUGUGUUUUAUUUUUGGUACUGUUGACAUGAUAACAUUUGAGCAGUUUUAACUAAAAGCACCAGACUGCGAGUCAGGAAACAAGUGCUACUAAUACCUGCCUGUAUUAAUCUUAGAAAAGUUACAGCUUUUCAGUGUUUUGGCAUUCCAUAAAAUAAGACUUUGAGUGGGUUUGCAUAUCUUUUAGUAUAGUUUGCAAAACACUUUUAUUCAUUCAGUAUCCUUGCUUUCUCAUAAGAAAUAUACUGAUCCCCAUUUCACAGUGAAACAGUGUUGUCUAGCAAGUUAAAGUGAUUUUUGUCAUUGUUUAAGGAAAAUAGAGUUUUCAUUCAUACUUUAAAAAAAAAUUGUCUCAUCUUUAAGGCACCUUCUAAACAUAAAAUUUAGAUGUUUUAAGUGUUUACUGAAACUAAACAUGAACCCAAUGCUCUGCUAAUCACUGUACAAAAUAGCAUAGAGCUCAGCUCCCAGCUUCCUUUACUCAAUCUUUCAUUCAUAUAUUUACUUAUUCAUUCACUCUCAAGAAAUUUAUCACCUUUAAUGUAUUGACCAUGUGCAGUCUGUUGUGCCAUGAAGGAAAUAAAUAAACAGGAUGAUAUUAUAGAGAGGAAUGGGUGGGAGCUGAGGAGGGCUACUUUAGAUAGAAAAUUAGAUGGUAAAGUUAAGGAGGGCUUCCUGAAGGAAGUGAUGGGUCUUCUGAGACUUGAGGACUAAGAUAGAUUCCCAAGUGGCAGGAAUAUUGUGCCUACGGGCCCCAAAGCAGAAAUAAACUAACUAGUUAAAGAACAUAACCCCCUACUGUCAGAGCAAAGACUGAGAAUGGGACAAACAAGUAGAAAGGAACAACAGGAAAUAGGUAGAAAGCAGACAGACUAUCUGGAGCCUCAUAGCAAAGUGCUGAGAAUCAAACUGAAGCAGAAUCUUACUGAAAAACAAAGCUCAAGUGAACAGAAAAUGUCUAGAGUCACCCGAGUGACAAUCCUCUUCCUAAAAGGAUUACUUUUUUUUUUUUUUUGGCCACACUGCACAGCUUGCAAAGCACAGAGUCCUAACCACUGGACCAUCAGGGAGGUACCCGAUUACUCAUUCUUAACAGCAUGGGAAUUACAUUUUCCAGAAUUUCCUUCUUCCUGGAUUUGGGGCCUGGCAGGGAGGUGGAGUAGAGUAUGGAGAAAAGGGGAAUGGCCCCCAGGGACUUUGCCCUUUCGUUGGGGUCACGAGUUGAGCCCGGUAUAAUGAUCCCAGCACCCUCAGUGGCUGAGAGCCACAGUGUCUGUGACUCCCAUCUGCACCCUCAGUGGCUGAGAGCCACAGUGUCUGUGACUCCCAUCUGCCCUCUUGGCUCUGACUGUGACUUGGAUUCAGCCCCAAGAGGAGAUUCAACCCCAAAAUGUCGGGUAACUCCAGACAUUUUCUGUUCAGAUUCAGAGAAUUCUGAAUCAAGACCUUCUAGUGGAAGUUUUUCAGAUUUUUGGCAUCUUAGUUUAAUUAAAGAGAAACUUAAAAAAAAAUGAAUAUUGAAGUAAUAGUUGAUUAACAAUGUUGUGAUCGUUUCAGCUGUACAGCAAAGUGAUUCAAUGAUGCAUAUCAAGGAGAGACUUUAAUCUUUCACCUCAGAUGGACUGGGAGUUAUCAUCAGUGAUUAUUGGGUAAUAGUUUCCUCAGUGGUUAAUCCUGUGCCCCUUUGAUCCUCGUGUGGAGGACAGUGGGCUGGGCCAAGGAGGGAGGUGCGAUGGGGAGAUUGGAAGUUAGGUCUUCUUGGCACAUCCUACCAUUAUUAGAAGUUUUCUCAGCUUAAGAGAAAGUGAAACUUACAUAUCCCUGGACACAUGGAGAGCUUUCCUUAAUCACAUAACUAUUUACACAGGCUUGACAGGAAACAGCCAGGCACAUUGCUGCCAGGCUGGUUCACAGGAUCAUUCCUUUUUCUCCCCAGUCUCCCUGAUGCUUGGCUCUAAAUCAACACUUUCAUACCAUAAAACAGAAGGUAUGUGUAUAAUUAUCCCAGACUUUUUAAUUACAGUUACUAUUAAUGAUCAAGCUUAGAAGACUUUGAUAUUAGAGACAUAAAAAAUCUGACACAACGUAUAUGUACAAUUAUCAGUAAAUAAGCUAAUAUUUAUAAUCCAAGCAGUCUCUUGGGACUAUGAAUCAGCACACAUGCAGCUUAUUCUUAUAUCCAUCUAACAAUCAUUGACUGUUGGCCAUGAGCCAAGCACUGUCUAGGCUUUGAUGAAAAUAACAGUAAUUAAGACAGGUGUCAUGCAUGGAGUAUUGUCAACCAGGGAGCACACCCAAGCUCCAGUGGCUGUACUUUCUACUGACCUUUCAUUAUGUAGCCUUGACUGAUUGAAUCAUGGACCACAUAGUGAUUGAACUCCUUCUCCGGCCCUUCUCUCUUCCUGAGUCAAGCUCAACACAAAAAGCUCAAAUCCUCAAUCCCGUUGGCACAUGAUUGGCCUUUCUGUUUUGCUGACUCACCAUCUCAUUAGAAUAAACUCUCAGGUUCAGUCCAGUGAGCUCAGCAGGACUAACACAACACUCUUAAUACUCAGGAAAUUCCAAGGAUUUAGGUUAUUUCCCAGGAGAUCAGACAAAGGCCAGACCUCUUACUACACAGUUUGAAAAAACAAUAUCAAGGGGAAAGGACUAGGGUGCAGUUGGAUUUGGGCUACUACCAGAAUAGAAAGAUCAGAGCUGCCAAAGGAUGGUAGGGAAAAUAGUGGACAGGCCAGAGAAAUAGGGAGAGCCAAUUCAGCAGGGACUCUUGAGGUAGCAAAAGGAGUUUGUGUUUUCUUCUAACUAUAAUUGGAAACUAUUAUUGUAAACAAGGAAGUAACAGAACAAUUUCUGUUAAUUCCCUGGUGGUCCAGUGAUUAGGUUUCUGCAUUUUCACUGCUGAAGAGGAGUUCAAUUCGAGGCGGGCAAAAUAAGAUCACUGCAGGGUGAGGCAAAACAGAAAGAAAGAAAAAGAAAAGAAAGAAUUUCCUUUUAAAAGAGAAAAAUAGAAAAAUUUGAAGAUGUUAUACUAUGAACUUGAUGUUAGAGAAAUGGGUAGCCUCCAGAAGCUAGUGCUAGGCACACUAUUCCAGAACAUAGCACCUUGGCAUAUAGAAUAUCUUAAGAUGAAGGCGUCUAAGAAAAUUGCAGGAGGAAGGCACCUGCCUCUCACCUUUUUUUCCCUGAAAGCAGAAAUAUAAAUCUCACAUAUGAAAGGUAACUUCCCUGUACCAGGUAGCAAGAAGAUGUCUUUAUCACCAAGGGGAAGGCUAUAUAAACAAACCUGUUAUUUCUUCACAAUUUACUUCACAAUUGACCCUUACCCUGAACCCCUUUGUCUCAUCAAUUCCUCACUAUUGUUUCUUUGCCUAAAAUGGAUUGAAACUUCCUGCUCUGGCCACUUCUUCAGGUCUUCAAUCUCUUGUGAGUUCUCUCAAGUAACACAUGUAAACAUUCAAUAAAUUUGUAUGCUUUUCUCCUGUUAA